AUGGAUUCAGAGUGUGAUAAUAUUAUGCCCCAUGUGCACGUUCACCAAAAGCCUCCCAGUGCAGUGGGGACUCUCAAUACACCGGUGGUUUUCAGUCACCUCUUGCCCAAGCCUUCUUACUGCUUGGCCAAAGGAUGCCAUGACCUUGAGGGCAAGGAUUUAGAGGACUGUUCAACCUCUGCUGACCCUGAUCAGAAGCACUCUUUUCCUGUUCAGUCUAGAGAAUUGACUGGAUGGCCAACACAACCUCAGGAAGGUCAGAAAAACAGCUGGAGGGCACCAAGAACUGGAACCAGGACUGAUGGAAAGAUAUACAUGGUUUACAGCAGUAGUUCUCAACUGGAGGUGCCACCAUUCCCAGAGGGUUUCCGUAAACACGUGGAGCUCCGUGGCGGCGGCGGAAGGCGGCCCGGGCACGGACGGGCCCCCCGCGGGCGGCGGCGCCGGGUCCCCGCCGGGCGGCUGGGCCAUGGCGCGCCUCGAGGGCCGCGAGUUCGAGUACCUGAUGAAGAAGCGCUCGGUGACCAUCGGGCGCAGCUCGUCGCAGGGCUCCGUGGACGUGAGCAUGGGCCACUCGAGCUUCAUCUCGCGGCGCCACCUCGAGAUCUUCACGCCCCCGGGCGGCGGGGCGGCGGCCAUGGCGGGGCGGCCCCGGAGCCGUCGGCGCAGCCCGGGCCCGACGCGGGCGGCGACUUCUACCUGCGCUGCCUCGGCAAGAAUGGCGUGUGCGUGGACGGCGUGUUCCAAAGGCGCGGGGCGCCGCCACUGCAGCUGCCGCGCGUGUGCACGUUCAGGCUCCCGAGCACAAACAUCAAGACCACGUUCACUGCCCUGUCCAGCGAGGGGAGGGAGAAACAGGAAGCGCCCGAAUCCCCCGUGAAGCCCGUGCAGGCUCACAUCUCGCCGCUGACCAUCAGCAUUCCAGACGCCAUGGCCCACCUCACCAGCCCCCUCCCCUCCCCCACAGGAACCAUCAGGGCUGCGAACUCCGGUCCAUCCAGCCCCCGGGGGGCAGGGUCUUCAGGGUACAAAACGGGCCGUGUGAUACCAUCUGACCUCAAUUUAAUGGCCGACAACUCACAGCCAGAAAGUGAGAAGGGAGCUUCAGGUGGAGACGGCCCAAAGGAUGAUUCAAAGCCACCUUAUUCCUAUGCACAAUUAAUCGUACAAGCAACUACGAUGGCUCCUGAUAAACAACUCACCCUAAAUGGAAUUUAUACGCACAUCACGAAAAACUAUCCCUACUACAGGACUGCGGAUAAGGGCUGGCAGCUAUACGUCUGCUGA